UCUGUUCAGUCAGCUGUUUGUUUUGUAAAUAUGGCCAGCGGACUAGCGCAAAUCCCGCGACUGACGCUAGAAGUACUGCGCACUCACACUGCGCACAGUUCAGUUGCAAGUAAGAGAUUCAAGCAAGAAAGAUGUCGGACGAAGAACUCCGAGACACCGACUCUCCAAAGAAGAAGGGAAGUUUCUUCUCAAGCCUGAAGAGAAAGAAGGGUAACAAGGGUAGGAAAUACAAGUCGAUGCCCCAUCUCGUAAACUCAAGAUUAUCCACAAACGGCGACACACAACGAAGUACUGAUCGUGUGCAUUUUUCUCAAUUAGCUAAAUCAGCCUCCGACGAGCCAGGCACUCUACAAUCAUCCUCUCAAACUUUAGGUGAAGGAGGAACGGUUGUUGAAUGCAUGGCUUCAGACGUUUCUCCCGGGUCAACGGCUGGCGAAGUUGCCAAGGCCGGAAAGUGCGCCUUCUUUGCUCUCGAUAUCGAGCUAAAGGAGGGCAAGGACUUGGCCGCCCGGGAUAAAACAGAUACUUACCAUGUGGAAUUUGAACAUGAUAGACCCUACACCAAAAACAUCCAGCGACCAGGCACUAGUGACCCUUAUGUCAAAUUUAAGGCUGAUGGCCGACAAAUUUACAAAAGCCGCACAAUCUCAAAGAACUUGAACCCUCAAUGGAAUGAGAAGUUUUGUGUUCCCAUUGAGGACAUCACAGUGCCAAUGGUUCUGAAGGUGUUUGACUUUGAUCGUGUUGGAAAUGAUGAUCCAAUGGGACGUGCAACUGUGGAACUUUCGGAACUAGAAGUUGGCAAGCCGAUUGAAAUGGAGCUAGAUCUUGAAGGUGAGGAGGGAGAGAAUCUUGGCAAAGUCGCUGCAGUGUUUACCAUCACUCCAAAGAACAUUGAGGAUCGGCAAGAGAUGACUAGGCGGACCCCAAAGAGAUCUGCAUCUUCUAGUGGCAAAAAUGACCCGAAGAUCCCCUCUCAGUUGUGGGACGGCAUUGUGUCAAUCAUCCUGGUGGAAGGCAAGAAGAUGAUACCCAUGGAUGACUCAGGUUUUAGCGAUCCGUACUGCCGAUUCCGUCUUGGUAACGAGAAAUACAAAAGCAAGGCCUGCAAGGAGACGCUCAACCCGCAGUGGUCGGAGCAGUUUGACUUGAAGAUGUACCCCGACUCGCCCAUGGUACUGGAGAUCACGGUCUACGACAGGGACAUCAGGAAGGACGAAUUUAUGGGCAGGUGUCAGAUUGACUUGAACCAGCUGGAGCGCGAGAAAUCGCACAAGAUCGAGGCUGAGCUCGAGGACGGGGCGGGGAUCAUCGUAAUGCACCUGUCAAUCACAGGUCUGGACGCCAAGGGGUGCGAGUCGGACCUGGAUGCGUACAAGGAGGUGCCAGGGCGCAGACAAGAGAUUGUGAAAAGCUUUGGGCUGAAGAACACGGGGAAGAAGAUCAAGGAGGUCGGCUGGCUACAGGUCAAGCUUCAUCGGGCCGUCGGGCUGGCGUCAGCAGAUCUCGGAGGGGCGUCGGAUCCGUUCGCCGUGAUCGAAGUGAAUAAUCAGCGAUUGGUGACCAACACAAUUUACAAGACGCUCAACCCGAACUGGAACAAGAUCUACGAAAUGCCUGUGUGGGAUAUUCAUGAUGUGCUGGACAUCACUGUGUUUGAUGAAGACAAGCGAGGUGCCCCAGAAUUCCUCGGGCGUGUUGUGAUCCCUCUGCUGCACAUCACUCCCUGUGAGAAGCGCCUGUACCAGCUGAAGAACAAGUCUCUUGAGGGUCGGGCAAAAGGUCACCUGAUCUUGACUCUUGAUGUCAUCUUUAACCCAAUCAGAGCCGCCGUCAGGACUGUGAAUCCACGUGACCCCAAAAUCAUGGCUCAGCCAGUCAAGUUCAAGAGACAGCUGUUGCAGCGUAACAUUGACCGCGUGAACAAACUAGUGGCGAGUUUCGUGUCGGCUGGUGCAUUCAUUCAGUCCCUCUUCACCUGGCAGUACAAGUUCAGGAGUGGUUUUGCUUUUAUGAUCUACAUCAUGUUGUGCUUGAAUUUCGACUUCUACAUAAUUCCUCUGACCUUGCUGCUGAGUUUCCUGAAACAAUACGUGAUGUGCAUGCUGCUGGCUGACCGUAACCUGAACCCCGAGGAGUCAGAAGGCCCGGAAGAUGAUGAUGAUGACAUGGAUGAUGACGACGACGCACCGGAAAAGGGCAAGAAGGGGGAGAAAGGGAAAAGUUUCAAGGAGAAAAUGGCGGCCAUCACGAACAUUUGCUCUACUGUCCAGAAUGCUUUAGAUGAGGCUGCUUCUAUGGGUGAACGAUUCAAAAACACGUUCAACUGGACUGUCCCGUUUUGUUCCUACCUGGUCUGCGCCAUCUUCACCAUUGGCACUGUCGUUCUCUACCUCGUCCCCCUCAAGUUCCUCUUGCUAGCGUUCGGCAUCAACAAGUUCACCAAGAAGAUCCGUAAACCCAACGCCGUGGACAACAACGAGCUGCUCGACUUCCUCUCGCGUAUCCCCUCAGACGUACAAGUGAAAGAGCAAAAGCUGCUCAAGACCGAUCCCGCCCUACGACUCAAGAGAAUUGAUGGUUGAGAAUCACUGUCCCAUCCCACUAUUUUUUAUUAUCAAGCUUAGCAGAAGAGCUAUACCAUAAGCCCACGCGCCCUCGCAGAGACAGAGAGUCUACGAAGAACUGCUGGAAUGGAUGACAUAAUUUCCGGUCCAGUUGGUGGAAUGAAUGACGUCAUUUCCAGCACAAAAGUAUACGCCAUAAAAGAACAGUGUUAAGAAUUAGAAACUGUUGAGCAGAAAUUGAAUUUUAAACCCAAACUUUGAAAAUAGAGGGUCUGUUAUUAAUUAUCGUCCGAAUUUCAAAAUUUCUAAAAAAGAUUUGCUGUACGAUAAUAUUGUUAAUAAUAUUUAGAUAUGAUAUUUAUUAUGUACAUAGUUAUCGGGGCUAGCUCUGUGGAAAAAAGAUUAAUAAUUAAAAAUAUAGCUAGGUGCACAUUCAAAUUUUUAAUAACUCGUUAGUAUUUUGUUCUAUUUACAUGCCAUGGUUUAUUUAUUACCGUCCAAAGUCCAUGCCCACGCGAUUGACAUGAGCUUAACACGUGCUUCACGAGUGCUUGAUAGAUAGUCAUGUGAUAUGGGACUGCAGAGUACAAGUGAUCUAUCUGAACAGCGGAGUGAAUCAGUAUCUGCCAACAAUGACAGUGUAAGGGGGGACGUGAAGGGAGGCUAAAGUCUCCUGUCCUCUCUCUCCCUGCGGUACCAUGUAACGGAGCAGCAUCGAACAAAACCCACGGAAUAUUUUGCGCUUACAGAUUAUUUGAAUUAUAAGUACUUUUAUCUAGUAAUAAACCUGCACCAGUUGCUACUUAGAUUGCAACGAAUAAUAAAAACAUCUUUUAAUUAAA